AAGUGAAGAAACACUCAAAACUUGCUUGUACUCGGAUCAGGAUAAAAACAAAGUCAAUGACAACUCUGACUGUGAUCAAUCCACUGAUUCAUCAAAUACUGUAAAUUUGAAUUGUCAUCGGUUUCAGUUUCAAAAUGGUCAUCGGUUUCAAUCAAAACGAUUAGAACUGGACUUCAUCAACACAUACGACAUGGCAUCAGAUAGUAUUUACUCUGAUGAUCUUGAUCAACUCGUGUUCAAAAUCAUCUCGAACAACAAUCUAAGUCUUUCAACCUCGGACCUUGAUGAUUGUCAAAACUCAGAGACAUUAUAUUACCAAUAUUAUGAUGGUUAUCAAGCUUUACAACCCAACCAACACUUCACCUACAAUGAUUACGUUAAGCUGAGAGCAAACACUUUACUACUCGCCAGACUUGGAUACAAGUUGACAAUAACAUUGAAUACAGACAACCAUAAACCAGAAGCUUGGAAUCCAAAAGUAGCCAAGAAAAUAUUAUCUGUUGAUUAUUCGUCUUUUAGUCUGGUUAAAGAUUGUUUCGCGGCACGGACGCCUCUGGAUCAAUUUGAACCUUUUUUAAAAGAAAUCAUACAUGCUUUUCGAGAUGAUGAACCAAUUGAAUUGCCUGGUUUCGCAAUUAAAUUCAGAUCCAACCCUUCACCUGCGAAAUUUGUUUCCAUUUGCAAGAAGCUCAGAAGUUUAAAGAAACUGUGUGAUAACGAUAAAAUUGUGCUCAUGUCCAGCUCAUUUUAUGAUGUCUUCUCUAUGAAUGCCGUUUUUAAAUACAACCAAUCGACUGAUGAAUGGAUACUCCCAGAAUAUAGAUCAAGAUUUGGAAGACGUGAUUUUUUCCUUUGGAAUCGACUAUUACAUGAUGCAACUUUACUUGCUAUUGAAGCAUUACCAGAUAGAUGGAGAAAGGAUGAAGUAGUUGAAGCUUUGAUUAGUCUCAUUGUUAUCUUCAAUCCUGAUCAAGUUGGACUAAACUUUCCCGAUUCAGUCAGGUUAGCAUGUUUAUCACUCUGGAUGCAAUUAUGUAGAGCAUUUUUAUUUUUUGUCACUUGUUUGUACACACAAAGUUACUUCAAGAGUCACUGAUGUUUUACUAGCCAUUUAAAAUAGCCUUUCAAGCAUUUUAUAGUCAGAAGAGAGAGAGAACGAUCGUAUAGCUUAUCAAUAAAGGUAUUUUUAACAUUCGUGAUUCUCGAGUUAUGAACCCAAAUAACCAGAAAAAAGCGCCCU